AAACCAAAAAAAAAAACCCCAACCAAACGACAACAUGGCCCUCCACGUGACAUCGACGCGCGAGCCCUUCCCGACGCCGUCGCUCCUGGGCCAGGCGACGCGGACGCACCGGACGGCGGCGGCGCAGGGCGGCGGCGGGCAGCUGCAGCUGUUCGAGGUGUCGUCGCGCAAGCUGCCCAUCUCCAAGAGCGGCGCCAUCGACGACAUGUGUGAGCGCGUCGGCGUCCCCAUCCCCGAGAUGAUCUUUGGCGACAACCUCGUGUCGGUCCGCCACCCGGCCUCGGGCUGGGCGCUCGAGUUCGCGGCCGAGGCGGCCCUGGACCGGGUCGAGAAGACGGACAGGGGCAUGCUGCGCGUCGCGCACGCGGGCGAGUGGUCGUCGUCCCGGGAGCUCGGGGCCGCGAGCGCCGCGGGGAUCCGCCAGGUCGUCAAGCCGUUCGACUGGAGCUACAGCUCCGACUACCGCGGCAGCGAGACGGCGGGGGGCAGCGGCGGCGACGGGGGCGAGGAGCAGCAGAAGAAGCGGUUGGGCGGCGGCAGCAGCAGCGGCAGCAGUGAGCCGCUCAAGCCCAUACCGCUCGAGCUGCUCAAGCGCCGCGACCCCAUCCUCUUCUUUGACGAGGUGGUGCUGUACGAGUCGGAGCUGGACGACAACGGCAUCUCGCUCUACAGCGUCAAGGUGCGCGUCAUGGAGCACCGCAUGCUGCUGCUCGCCCGCCUCUACAUGCGCCUCGACGGCGUGCUCGUCCGCGUGCGCGACACGCGCGUCUACGUCGACUUUGACACGGGAGACGUCAUACGCGAGUACACGGCCAAGGAGGACAAGUUUGAGAACGUCAAGAGGAACCUCAUGAUGAAGGGCAUGCUUCCCGACGCCAUCACGACGGCGCUCAGGGACUCCAACCAGGUUGCAGAGCUGCUCCCUGUUGUCGAGCACGAUCUCGAGAACCUCAACCUGGCAUGAAAUUCCAUAAAUAAUUUGGCUUGCAGCAUGGGCCAAUAGCUCUUCUCUAUCGCAGCCGGUGGCGCCUGCUGAUUUUGGGAUCUGGCGUUUGGGUGUCUGGUUGUAGAUUUCAAGGUCGUGUCAUGGCUAGGGGCUCUGAAGUCGAGAUCAUGGUCGUCUGGUAUCUGGUCAUGUCACUCGGCGCCGCCGUUCUGACGUUGCAUCACAUCAUCACGUCCCAUAAUUAUACUUGAAAAGGAAAGAAAGAAAAAAAUAGGAAACGUAAAAUUAAAAUGCUUUCAGGGGGUAUGA